AUUUUGAGAGAGAGAGAAACAGUGAAUGUGAUGACACAAUAACAUGGCAGCAGUAAUAAAAGACACUGGUGUAAUCUGGAGUAGACUUUUUGAUCACCGGCCAUUUGUUCAUGGUGAAAUAUCAUACUUUGUUCGUGAAUUUGAGGAAAAACGAGGAGAUAGAGAAGUCGAGAGAUUAUUUAAAAUCCUGGAAUAUUCAUCGGAAUUAGAUCAAAGUCAAAUUGACAGAGCAGAACAACUUGGAGACUGUUAUUUACCAAGUCUCAAGGCUAAUACUGAUGUUGCACUGAGUAUGUGCGAGAGAAUUUUAGAAAGAGAAAAUAAAUUUGACAGUGAUAUUGAAUUAGCUGAUAAACGUGAAACAAGAAAAAAACAGUGGGAACAAUUUAUGAAUCAUAUGAGUGAAAAAUGUCGUCAAGUUGAUGAGACAUUUACUGAAAAAGAAGAAAAAUUAACUGAAUUUUAUAUUGAUCUGGAGAAAAAACUCCAGAAUUAAAUCCAAAGAAAUAAAUCAUAAAUA